UCCGAAAAUUCUAGUGGCGCCCUUUCACAAGCACCAUAGUCGGCUCAGCAUUUGAGAUAGUGAAAGACUGUAAGCAGGAUAGACUUCAAUAAAUGUGUUAGACAAUAGAUGUGUUGGAUUGGAGGACCAGUCAGCGCCGACUCGACGCCGACUCGAUACUCAAUCGGGCAAGAUUACCAUCAUUGCCAAUCCAACAAGAUCCAGUGGCAAACCAAGAUCAUCUACUAGUGACAGCCCCUGACCAAGGCUGUGGCAUGCGAUGGGGAACAAAUGUGCAUUAUAAAUCGACUCUGCUAUCGCGCGCUUACUCGCAAAACAGUUGCUGUUAUCACGGCUAUACACAAUACCAUGGAUCUCAAUACAAUGCCUGCGCUAACCCCCCUCCGGGGCAACUAUACAGCGCUUACUGUUGGUUUAGGCCUCACAGUCGCGAUAUUGCCUCUAAUACUGCGCGUAUUCACCAAGACCUACACCCUACGACAGAUGAAGAUUGAAGACUACCUUUUAAUUCUCUCUGUCGCUGGCUUGAUCGGCUACUCACCAGUGUUGGUGGUGGCAUCUCACACAGGACAGGGUAUCCAUCAGUGGAACUUAACGGUUAAACAGUUCUUGAAAACACUCAAUCUUACCAAUGUUCUUGAGCUUGUAUACUGCUUGGUCAUACUGCCAGCAAAACUUUCGGUGCUGAUUCAGCUGAAGCGGAUCUUGUUGUGAGCCGA